UAUGGCUUUAAGAUUGACUGCCAAUUUUAGAGCACCCCCUCCCCUUGUAAAUUUCUGCAAACACCAGUAUCAAAUUAUUGGAAGCAAGUUUAAAACAUCAGAUGGUGUAUGUUAACAAAAUGGACUACACAUAAUAGCUCUGCUAGAAAGAUGUUGAUGCAGGCACUGUUUGUGGCUGUGCUGGCAUCAUUCUGCAAUGCACAGUUUCAACCACAACCAGCAGGUCGUAUCUUAGAGCCACCUGUUCCAACUCUCUGUGCACAGAGGAAGAUUCACGAACACUUCAAUGGCAAGGGCUAUUUCUUCUCGUGGAAAGACUCACAAACACAAACUCCUGAAGACUGGCUUGGUGGUCGUAACUGGUGUCGCAUGCGUUGUAUGGACCUUGUCAGUUUAGAAACUACGGCUGAGAAUGAGUUCAUUAAGAAGCGAAUUGUUGAAGGAAACCAACGUUACAUAUGGACAAGUGGGCGUCUCUGUGACUUUAAGGGUUGUGACCGCCCAGAUCUGCAACCCCUCCACAUAAAUGGUUGGUUCUGGACUGCUGAACUGACUCGUCUUCCACCCACAACUGACAGACAUCAAAAUGAUUGGAGUCAUACUGGAGGACUCAACAGGCCUCAGCCUGACAACAGAGAACCUCAGCAGGGAGGAGCUCCAGAGAACUGCCUUGCUGUGCUGAACAAUUUCUACAAUGACGGCGUUCACUGGCAUGAUGUUGCUUGCCACCACCGCAAACCUUUUGUCUGUGAAGACAAUGAUGCUCUUUUGAAAUAUGUGCGAUACACCAAUCCCCAUCUGAAAGUAUAAAACACUGUAAAUGCUGAU